ACCAUGGAGCAAGACAGAGGCAUGGAGCAGAGACCCCCCAGGGUGCCCAAACUGGCCUGGCUGAAGGAGGGGGAGGAGGAACGCCCUGGGCCUGCCCCAGCACAGCACCCUGAGGAUGUGGAGCAGUUCCAGCCCCUGCAGGAGGAUCCAGGCCAAGACUGAACAGAGGAGCAGGACCGUGCCCGGGGCCGCUUCUGCAGGGCAGCACAGAUGGUUUGUGAAUUCACCAGGUGCAUUUGGAGGGAAGAGACCAUUGCCAUGGGCACUGGGGGCAUGGCAAACUCUGACCUCCACAAUGCUGAAACCAGUGCUGCCCUGCUGGAUUUGCUCGUGGAAAAUGGUGUCUCCAAUCCCAAGAAAGUGCCAGCCUUCGUGAGGUACAUCCACCGGUGGCUCACGUCCAGUGUGUCUCCUGAGCACAGUCUAGACAAGACUCUUCUGGAUCUGGCCGAGGCACACCCCGUGGAUGUGGUGGUGACUCUGCUGCGCUCUGCCCCAUCAUGUGACAGAGCUGCUGCGACCAUGUGGAGGACGAUCAUCUUCUCAAGUCGGACUGCACAGUCGGUGCUCGAGAUACUUGCCCUUGUCCUGGGAAGCUGGCCAGCCUGCAGCAUGUGCACCCCUGAUGGGGAUGAAACAGAUGUCUUUGCCCUGGCUCUGAGUUUCUGGAACUGGACUUUGCUCACUCCCACAUCGCCUCCAGGGCAGCUCUUCAUCUUCCCCCAGCACUGCAUCUCCCUGCCUCAGGCACUGGGCUGGAAACCUGGCUUAGGGGCAGGUUCAGGGGCACCAGGCCAGGUGCUCUUCCUGUGUCUCCCCUGGCCUCUCCCUCCCGCGCUCGGGCCUUGCCACAUGGAUGUCUCAGCACUGAGCGCUGUCUCCAGCUGUUUCACUUUUUUGCAGACAAACGUGGCGCUGUGGACGGCCCUCCAGCUGCCCUGGUGCCCACGUACAGUGAGGGAGUGUUUCCCCAGCCUCUUUGUGCAUCUGCUCUUCCAGGUGUUCUUCAACGCAGUGCAUAGGCUGGAGGAGGACGACGCCUUCUGGAGGGAAUGCCAGGACCAACACAGCCUUCCCACCAACGCCAACAGGUUUGCAGUGCUGACCAUCCAAGCCCUGCUGUGCCAUCUGCGGUGUGAGGGUGUGGUGAUGGCACUGGAACGCAAGUGUGGCUGGGACACGCUGCUCAACGCUGACACCCACCACUGCGCAGUGGGUCUGCUGGCCAGGGAGAUAGUCUGUAUCUGCACACCCUGGUUUUGCAGCACUGUGUGCUGCCUCCUGGAGCUGCUCAGUGAAGAGAUGUGUCCCUGGGAGCUCCCUGCCAUGGCGUUCCUUGUGGAGGUCCUGGUGGACCUGGAUGUGACUGAGUGUGGCGAAAGCAUCCUGCAGAUCCUUUCGAGGCACCUGUGGAGUGAGUGCCCAGAGAUGCGUUGCCAAGUGCUCAGAGGCCUCAUGGUGCUCAGCCAGGAUCCUGUGAUGGCCAGAAGAAUGGGCAGCCUGACUGAAAGCCUUGAGGAGCUCCUGUGGGAUGCAGACAGAGAGCUGGUCAGGAUGACUGCCACUGUCUUCGAAUUUCUGUCCUCGGAGAAAGACAUCUGACACCAGCCCUGCAGCUGGCUGAGGCGCUCCAGCCACUCUUUGACAACCCCUCGGAGGUAUGAAGAAUGACAGCAGCCCCGCUAUCUCAAGCCUGGCGUUUCAAACCUGCUCUGCGGAGCAGUUUCUGUGCUGCCAGAGCUCUGUGGAGAGUUGAUGUGGGAAGCUGUGUGUGCUGGGGCCACGUGAGCCUGCGAGGAAGACCCUUUCUCUGCAAGCACUUUCCUUUACCCCAGCAUGGGAAUAUAAAAUUCCUGUUGUCACA